ACGAUCACUUCGUUCUAAGUUUGAAAACAUCAAAACAACUACAAAAGCUUUGACGUUCUCUAUGGUCUUGACAUUGGCGGUCUCAGCUGCCUCCCUAGCUUCUGCCUCGGUACUUGGGCAAGGUCAUGCCCACCGCCCUACCAAGAGAUCUUCCGGAACAGUCGCCGGGGCCGAGGCCGGGACUUUCUACACGUGGUCCUCAGACGGCACAACGGCGCAGUGCCCCGACCUUCCAACCGCAGACCUCGAAACAAGCUUGGACCAGUUCGACGGCAUCUUUCCACGACUGUACAAUGAUGGCACACCAGGGGGCGGGAAUGUAUCGGGUUACGGCGCCUUAUACCUGUCCUACCCGGAUGCAGGGACUUUCUCUUUCUACCUGAUCUACACGUCUGUGACCCCAAACACGACUGCCACCUGGGUUGAUACGGGCGCGGAUAUUUCAAAUGUGUGGACUGCAAUCAAGGAGGAUGUGUACGACGUGUGGGGCCACAAUAAUACGUUCCAGUGGGCAACGUACCAGAUCAGCAAGACGAUAGAUGGGAGCAGCAAUCAUGCCGGGCAGCUGCAGAUCAACAUUCAGACACCGACUUUUGUGAAGGGCUGUGGCACUGCAUGCGGAGGAGGCUGCGAUCCUAACAUUUGUGAUUGUUAG